GCAACCAGAACAUGUAACACUUUGAAAGAUCUUAGAUCCCGGUAAUACGAUUACUUAGUUGUAUUUGAAAUGACGUGCGUGAGUUUUGUUAAAAAUGUGAAAACUGUGAUCAAAUUCUUGAUUGAACCAAGUGGAGAAUUUAUUCCAAAAUCAUCUUUAGGAAUAAAGGUUUCUUCUACAAGGCUUAAACGUCCUAUGUUUUUAACGAGUCACGUGUGGAUGGACGAAAGAAGACAGACAGAUGGUGCAGAAGGUUUUUGGAGAAUUCAUGAUGGAUUAUACGAUUUUACAAAUUUUAUCAAUCAACAUCCUGGAGGAUCAGAUUGGUUAAAACUAACGAAUGGUACAGAUAUAUCGGAAGCUUUCGAGACUCAUCACAUAUCUGAAGUACCUGAAAAGAUGAUAGAAAAAUAUUUCGUAAAAAAAGCAACCACAAAGAGGAAUGUGCCAUUUACAUUCAAAGAUGACGGAUUUUACAGAGUUUUAAAAAUGGAGGCACGAAAAAAAUUAAAAGACAUACCACGAAGCGGUUAUUUAAUCUCAGAUUUUUAUAGUGAUCUACUUUUAGUGGCGACUUUAAUUUUUUCAUCGUUAUCAGUAAGAUACCAUAGUUUUUUAUUAAUAACACUAGCUGGAGUAUUUUUAAGUUUACUUACUGUUGCUGCACAUAACUAUAUUCAUCGAAGGGAUAACUUUCGCAUGUAUUAUUUCCAGUUUUCGAUGUUUCAAGUAAGGGAUUGGAGGAUAAGCCACGUUCUCAGCCACCAUCUCUAUACGAACACGAUUAUUGAUUUAGAAAUAUCUCAAACGGAACCCAUGUUAUCAUUUUUGCCAAUAAAAAAGUUUGUUGGAGGUUAUAUAUCAGUAUUAUUAUCACCAGUUAUAUGGUCGAUAACAUUUCCAGGAUAUUAUCUUAGAAGAAUUGUGCUUUCUCCGUUGUGCAACUAUAAAAGUGUUGCUUACACAGACCUAACUUAUUUAAUUCUACCAGCAUUUAUGGCGUUGACUGGAGGAGCUACUAUAACUCAGACACUGAUUAUAUGGGCUUUCAUCAUGUUGAUGGGUUCUUUCGUCUUUACAUUAAUCGGACUACAUGCAGCCCAUCAUCAUCCAGAUGUUUUUCAUGACGGAGACACUCCCAGAUCCUUAGAGACCUAUGACUGGGGUUUAAGUCAACUGGACGCCGUAAUGGAAAGAAAAGAAAUUACCGGUUCUGAUUUUCUAGUCCUAACAUCGUUUGGAGACCAUUGCAUGCACCACUUGUUUCCUACUCUAGAUCAUUCGCUGUUAAAACAUUUGUAUCCGACUUUCGAAAGGGUUCUGAAACAAUUCAAUGAGAACGUGAGGCUUGUAUCUCAAGCAGAGGCCUUCUCUGGUACUUUUCAACAGCUGAUGAAGGUAGAACCUAAUCCAUUGCCUCCAGAUCUACAUAAAAACAGAAUGUUUUUGUAAAUUGUUAUCUAAUAAAUUAAUGUAUGCGAU